AACAGUGUAACAACCUGAUGCUCUUGCGAGUUUUUUGUUUUUUGUUUUUAGAGAGAGAAGAAAGAAAGAACAAGUAGUCUAGUAGUAGUGGAAGAAGGAAGAAGAGAGUGUUGGAGAGAGAGAUCUAGAGAAGAAAUUACAAAUACUACAAAAAAAAAAAAACAAAAAAACAAAAAAAAAGAGAAACGGGAAUUCAGGUUGAGAACAAACAAUAUUUCUUCUUAAAAAUUAGAUCCGAAACACUCGUUAUUAGUAGUUGAAGAGAAAGAGAAAACAAUAUAGAUAGAUAGAUAACAAUCUUUUGAUUAAAAAUCGGAGUAUUGUUUUUAGGGUAACAACCAAUUUUAUACAUAUAAACUCUCUUCCUUCUUCUUUCUAUCAAACUUAAUAUUAGGGUUUUUCCUACCUCACACUACUAGGACACAAGACAAGAGUUGAGUUGAGUAUAAGAUUUUCAUCUCAGGCUGUGUGUGAAAUUAGUGACUAUUUUUUAGUUGAAUUAAUUCUGGUUUUGGUUUGGGGGUACGUUUCACUUCCAUUAUUACUCGAGUGCUGCUGAAUAAGGAAUAAAAAUCAAUCAAUGCAAGAGAUGGAGAAAAACUUGCAUUCUCAGCUUGAUUCACAACUAUGGCAUGCUUGUGCUGGAGGAAUGGUGCAAAUGCCGAAUGUCAAUUCCAAGGUUUUUUACUUUCCACAAGGUCAAGCGGAGCAUGCUCAUGGGAAUGUAGAUUUUGGCCCAUCACCCUCAAGGGUACCUCCGUUGAUUCUUUGCAGAGUUGCUGCUGUCAAGUAUAUGGCGGAUCCCGAGUCUGAUGAGGUUUAUUCCAAAAUUAAGUUGGUUCCAGUGAGGAACAAUGAGCCUGAUUAUGAGGAUGAUGGGGUUGCUAAUAAUGGGAUUGGGAAUGGGUCUGAGGAGAAACCUGCUUCCUUUGCAAAGACAUUAACUCAGUCUGAUGCUAAUAAUGGCGGUGGUUUCUCUGUUCCUCGUUAUUGUGCCGAAACAAUCUUUCCUAGAUUGGAUUAUUCAGCUGACCCUCCUGUCCAAACUGUUCUUGCCAAGGAUGUCCAUGGUGAGAUUUGGAAAUUUAGGCACAUUUAUCGAGGUACACCUCGCAGGCAUUUGUUGACUACAGGGUGGAGUACUUUUGUGAAUCAUAAGAAGCUCAUUGCAGGGGACUCCAUUGUGUUUUUGAGGACAGAGAAUGGGGAUCUCUGUGUUGGUAUCAGGAGAGCCAAAAGAGGGAUAGGUGGUGGACAGGAGUCCUUGUCUGGAUGGAAUCCAGCUGCUGGAAACUGUGCAUCGCCAUAUGCUGGGUUUUCUGUCUUCUUGAGGGAAGACGAUAAGAGAAAUGGUAAUGGUGGGAAUUUGAAAUCUGGUCCCAGAGGAAAGGAGAGAGUUAGGCCUGAAUCUGUGAUUGAGGCUGCAACUCUAGCAGCCAAUGGACAGCCAUUUGAGAUUGUUUACUACCCUAGAGCAAGCACCCCGGAGUUCUGUGUGAAAGCCUCCCUUGUGAGCACUGCGAUGCGGGUGCCAUGGUGUGGGGGUAUGAGGUUCAAGAUGGCAUUUGAAACUGAAGAUUCUUCUCGGAUAAGCUGGUUUAUGGGAACCAUAUCGUCUGCUCAAGUUGUUGAUCCAGUUCGCUGGCCUGGUUCACCAUGGAGGCUUCUACAGGUGACAUGGGAUGAGCCGGACCUGCUACAAAACGUGAAACGUGUUAGCCCAUGGUUGGUCGAAUUGGUAUCUAGCAUGCCCGCCAUUCAUCUCUCACCCUUCUCGCCGCCAAGAAAGAAACUACGGUUACCACCCCACCCUGAUUUCCCCCUUGAAGGACAAUUUACGUUACCCUCCUUUUCCACCAACCCUCUAGGAUCCAGCAGCCCCUUGUGUUGUAUAUCAAACAACACUUCUGCAGGCAUACAGGGAGCCAGGCAUAUUCAAUUUGGUACAUCUUUAUCAGAUCUCCACUUCAACAAACUGCAGUCGGGUCUGCAUCCGUCCUUUUUCCAGAGUCUUGAUCACGCUCCUCCACUGACUAGAACUCAAAAUGGCCUCACCAUGAACAAGGCUGAUAGUAGUGAGGAUGUGUCUUGGCUGACCAUCGGUAACUCGAGCCCGAGCUCGAAAAAGGCUUGUGAAGCAAUCACACCUCAGUUUGUGCUCUUCGGUCAGCCAAUACUUACCGAGCAGCAAAUGUCUCUUAGUUUCUCUAGUGAAACAGUCUCCCAAGUUGUUAAUGGGAACAGUUCAUCUCCAGAGAAAACGUUAUCCAGUGUUAGUUUCUCACCUAUGGUUAAUCAGUGUCCCCAGCAAGAGAAUCCAUCCUCAGAAGGCUUUCCAUUUCUUAAGGACCGUCAGAUGAUUGAUAUGGGUUUAGAGACUGGGCAAUGCAAAGUUUUUAUGGAAUCUGAAGAUGUGGGACGGACUCUUGACUUGUCAGUUCUUAAUUCAUAUGAAGAGCUAUAUAGAAAGCUAGCCGACAUGUUUCUCAUAGAACCACCAGAGACUUUGAACCACGUGGUCUACCUGAACAUGACAGGUGCUGUAAAACACGCAGGAGACGAACCAUUCAGCGAGUUCAAGAAUUCAGCAAAGAGGUUGACAGUUCUUGCAGAUGCAGGAAGCGACAACCAAGGGAAAAGGAAAUGGAUGACUGGGGCGCGCAAUGCAGAAUCUGGAAUAGACACUUCCAAUAAGACGGGGCAGUUAAGCAUAUUUGCUUAAAGAGCUUGUCAAGUCCGGUUCCUUCAACGGAGAGAGUGUUUGCACUCCAGCCCUUGUUCUUUUUCUUUUUUUGAAUAGGAGAAAAUUGUAUAUGAACUCCUGUCCUUUACUAGUUGUCGAUAACUUCAUAUGUUUCAUAACAACUACAUUAUUUUUUGUGUUACCACGAAAUGACAUGGUUCGCAAAACCUUUACAAUUGAAUUGUGAAACAUUGGUUUUGAAACCGUUUGAAGUAAUUUAAAAACCUUUUAUAACA